UUUACAAGGCGGACUGUUGGGCCUAUGCCACUACUAUGUCUUCACAAAUGAGGACGGUCUUCUCUUCUCCGCCGCUUUCGCCAGUCUGCUAGUUCCUUUUUGUUUUCCUCGCCGGCGAAGAGUCUAAGCCAUGUUGUCUUCGACCCGAGCUAUCAAGCUCAUCCAAAAACUCCUGCGUACCGGGAAACCAAAGAUAUUUCAUUUGAUUCCCAGGUCCUUAUGCUCCCAGGCCGAGUUACCCCAACCCCCGGAAUCGCCCGAGUCGCCCGACCUCCCGACCUGGCUCCGAGACGACCAAAUCUCGGCGACCAAAGAUGCCGACGACGACGAUUUCGUUAUUCCUCCUCUUUCCAGCUUGUUUGCGAAACCCGGUUACGGGACUCACGUGAGGGUCGCCAGACGCUUGCUGUCCGGAGCAAAUGACGCCGACGUUGACAAAGUGAGCCAAAUCCUGAAGAACCGGUACCCGACACCCAACGGCGUCGUGCAGGCGCUGAGUAGGUGCGAUGUUAAGGUCAGCCGCGAUUUGGUUAUGCAUAUUCUGAAGAGGUUUAGCAACGACUGGGUUCCGGCUCUGGGUUUCUUCACUUGGGCAAAAGAUCAAACAGGUUAUGUGCAUGACCCGGAAGUUUACAAUUUCAUGGUUGAUGCUCUGGGUAAGUGCAAGCAGUUCACUUUGAUGCUGGAAUUGGUUGAGGAGAUGAAGGGGUUAGAAGGGUAUGUGUCGUUAAACACGAUGGCCAAGGUGAUUAGGAGGUUUGCUAGAGCUCGUAUGUACGAAAAUGCCUGUGAGGCGUUCGGGAAAAUGGAGAGUUUUGGUGUCGCUAGAGAUGUAGCAGCACUAAACAUUUUGAUGGAUGCAUUGGUUAAAGAGUGUAGCGUCGAGAGCGCUCAGAGUGUGUUUUUGAAGUUCAAGGAUUUAAUACCUCCGGAUUCCAACACCUACCGUAUUCUGAUUCAUGGCUACUGCAAGGCGCGGAAGUUGGUAGAAGCGAGAAGAACCAUGGAGGAUAUGGAGCAACAAGGGUUUCAGCCUGCUGCUUUUGCCUACACUUGCUUCAUCGAAGCGUAUUGUAGGGAUCGAGAUUUCCGAAAGGUGGACGCCAUUUUAGAGGAGAUGCAAGAGAAAGGUUGCAAGCCCAGUAUUGUUUCCUAUACUAUAAUCAUGCACGCUCUAGGGAAAGCCAAACAAACGAACGAAGCUUUGGAGAUUUACGAAGAGGUGAAGAGAAAUGGCUGUGUUCCUGAUGCCUCAUUCUAUGGCUCUGUGAUUUUCGUUUUGAGCGAUUCAGGAAGGAUUAAGGAUGCUUGGGAUGUAUUUCGGGAUAUGGCAAAGCAAGGCAUUCGUCCCAAUCUGUUGGUAUACAACACCAUGAUUGCUUCUGCUUGUGCACAUUGGCAAGGCACACAUGCUUUGGAACUGCUGCAGAAGAUGGAGGAAGAUUCCAUCAAGCCAGAUGUUAAGACCUAUGCACCACUGUUGAAGUUGUGCUGCAAGAAGAAGGCGUUGAGAGUGCUGAAGCUCGUGCUUAAUCACAUGUUUGCUAACGAUGUCAGCAUUGAUCUUGGGACGUAUGAGCUUCUAGUGCGUGGGCUUUCUAUGUCUGGCAAACUUGAGGAGGCAUGCAUGUUUCUUCAGGAAGCAGUUUCGAAGGGUAUGGUUCCUAAGGAUAAACUGUUCAUGUCGUUGUUGGAGGAUCUUCAGGGACAAGGCUUGACUGAAGCUGAGGAGAAUGUGAAAAAGCUGAUGAAGUCUUGUCAGGCAACAAGGAAAGAGCGAGAUUAUGCUAGUUUUGUUGAGGCCUAGGACCAAUUGCUUGUUCAUGGCAGCGCGUUCUAUAACCAAUGAUCCAUCUUUUGGCAAAACUGCUCAUUGCAUAAACAGUAACAUGAGAUUUGGAGCAAAACUGCUCA